AUGUCCAUUACGAGCGCGGUCGCGAACGCCGCCGCCGCCGCCGCGGCCGGUGCAGGCAAGAAGGCCGCGCAAGUACAGUUGCAGGCGGAGCUCAAUACUGACGAUGAUUGGAACAAGUUUCUCUUGCGAGAUGGGCUUCUGGUUAUCGACGUCUACACGGAGUGGUGCGGACCGUGCAUCGGCAUGGUUGGAAACCUCAAGAAAAUAAAAGUGGAAAUUGGUGGGGACAACCUACAUCUUGCUGUGGCAAAAGCGGACACCAUACAGUGCCUGAAAAGAUUUAGAAACCGCAGUGAGCCUACUUGGAUGUUCAUCGCUGGCGGGCAACUGAUAAAUGUUGUAUUUGGAGCUGAUGCUCCACGCCUCGCUCGUACAAUAGUUGCGGAGCUUCAAAAUGAGGAGCAGGUGAAGAAAGGUGAGCGAGAACGGCCGAAGCGAGCGCCGCAUGAACUGACUCCACCCGAACAAGAAGUCGCUUUAGCUCAAGAAAAGCUGCAGCAACAACGACGUGAAAAAGAAGCAGCAGCGGCCGAGUCAGCGCGGACAGCGCGGCGCGAGGCGCGGGCCAAACGAUUGGAGAUACACUUUAAUGACAUCUGUCCAGCACUCAUGAUGCCUCACGCACAGAAGAAUCUGAGGAAGGUGUCUGAUGCACUGGAACCGUACGGUGUUAUAAUCGCUGAUAAGUGCCCAUUAGUUUUGGGUAAGCAAGGGUCAAGGAUUCUCGCUAUGGAAGACCCCAAUUUUAAUCACCCAGAAGCAGUAGCUGCUUUGAUAGAAAGGCCGUCACUCGCCUUGUUACUUAAGAAAUUACCCGAUAGAGAAGGGAAUAUUAUCGAAAUAGCACGACGAACUCUCUUCGGUGAAGGAUUGGAUGUUGAAGACCCUAAAAAGAUUCCUUCUGAAGAGCUAAAAGCCAACGACGUUCCGGGUUUAUUUGUACCUGCUGAUAGGCAUCAGCGCGCGUCUGUACUUGACUUACUCUUCCCUAAGAUGGUGGGUGGACUAGUGGAACCCGCAGCACCCUCAGAACCACCCCACAUCGCCAUGGUCUUCGGGGCGUGGCAGCGCAAAGCAGUUUUAACUAUAGCUGGAUCUGCAAAGCUGACGAACAGAAUUCUACGCUAUGGUUUUUUUGCUGAUGCCAACAUAGACGAGCCAAAAUUGCUUUGCAAAACCAUUGAGAAGUAUGAAGACCGAGUGGAGAAGGAUUACUCAGAAACCAUAGUUCUAAUGAUAGCGGUAGGUGUAGUGGAACCAGCUUUGGUGGACCCUAAAGACAUACCCCCAGAAGGACCCCCAGAGGAGCUGAUGACCCUCGGACCUCUGCACGUGAGCGAGGACAAUGUAAAGGGUAUGGAGGAGUGCGAGAGAUUCUUUCCACCAGGGUACAGUGAGCCAGAGGCGAAACCGAAACCUAAGUCCAAGAAAAAGAAGAAGCAAAAACGUCAUGAGAACAAAGACGGCACAAUGGAAGAAAGCGUUAGCAUCACUGACCAGGACAUCAUUGACGACCCUGAAGCUACUGGUGAAGGUGCUUCUGGAGAGGGAGAGGGGGAAGUGGAAGGGGAGGCCGAUGUGGAAGGGGAGGGGGAGGGUGAAGAUGAAGGGGAAGAAGAAGAUACUCUCGUGGACAAGGCUACGUCACCUCCGCCUGCCACC